AGGGUCAAUACAUCUGAAACGCAUUUCUUUAAAUUGUCGGCGGAACUGUUGCUCGUUAAACAUUGUUUCCGAGGGGACCUCAACACGAGUUACACCAGCAGCUCAGCGUGUAUUUAGCAGCGAGCUCAGCCUCGCUUGGGAGACUUACAAACUAUUUUCUUUACUUAUUGUUGUUAUACACUACUUGUACAACAGUUUAUUACAGGUACAUAACCGUAAUAGCGACCGCACGUUGUGCUUUUUAUAUAGCGAUAUACAUAUAGGCAUGUAUGUAUAUAUAUUAUUUAUAUGCAUGUUAAAUUAAACUAGACAACAAGUGUGUUGUACAUAACGACCCCCAGCGAGACGGGGGGCUUCUGUCCGGGGAGCAGUCGUCCUAUGGUCCACGAUACUGAAAUCAUUAACAGAGUUUAGUGAGACUGUGUUGAGUCCAGCCGCCAUGGAGGGAGUGGAGGAGAAGUUCAAGUCUCUGUCCAUCGCGCGGCGGCUCCAGCCGCAAGACCCCGCCUACCUGCUGGACGUGUCGCUUCAGCCCGGCGCCGCGGGCACCUCCUCGGGCGACGUGCUGGCGGUGUCCUGCUCCAACCACCGUCUCCACCUGCACAACAAGGAGACGUUGCGUCCCCUGGGGGAGUUCCGCGGCCACACCGCGCCCAUCUGCGGGGUCACCUUCGCGCACGCCUCCCCGGACCUGCUGUUCUCGGGCUCGGCCGACGGCACGGUGCGGGCGUGGGACGCCCGGGGGCCCGGCUCCAAGGCGGUCCAGGAGUUCCGCGGCGACCCGGCGCUCCGCUUCAGCGGCAUGGGCGUCGACGCGGCGGACGUGGUGGUGUGCGCCGGCACGGAGCAGCUGGACGAGGAGAGCUUCCUGGUGUUCUGGGACGCGCGCGCCGCCGGCAAGGGCCUGCUGGGCGUGUACUCGGAGUCGCACAGCGACGACGUCACGCAGGUGAGCUUCCACCCGCGGGACAAGGACCGGCUGGCCACGGGCGCCACGGACGGGCUGGUGAACGUGUUCGACCUGCGGCGGGGCGGCGAGGAGGACGCGCUGCUCGCCACGUGCAACAGCGGGUCGUCGGCCGGGUCGGUGCGCUGGGCGGGGCCCGGGCUGGACCGGCUGCUCUGCCUCACCGACAGCGACGGGCUGCACCUGUGGGACCUGGGCCGCCUGGACACGGAGGAGCCCCUCACGCUCUACAGCACCCCCGACGCCCGCACGCUCACCCCGCUGGAGGGCGGGGGCUCCGUGGACUACCUGGUGGGGGGCCAGUGGCUGGAGGGGGCCCAGAGGCUGCUGGUGGUGGGGGGGACCAGCGAGGGGGCCCUCCACCUCAUGGAGUGCACCGAGCGGGGCCUGGAGCUGCUGAGCUCGCCGCCGCAGGGGGCGGGGCACACAGCGGUGGUGCGCUGCUUCCUGUGGGACGAGGCGGGGGAGGGGGCUCUGGUCACCGCCGGGGAGGACGCACAGCUGUUGCUAUGGAAACCGGGAGGGGAGGAGAUGGCGCCCGGGAGGCAGGCGACCAUGAAGAGCACCUCGUCGUGGAAGCUGCAGGCGCGGCCGCAUAAACAGAGCGGGUACGAGUGGAAGAGAGGAGGAGGAGGAGGAGGAGGAAUAGGGAGAGGAGGGGGAGCAGCAGCAGGGAGAGGAGGAGGAGGAGGAGGAGGAGGAGGAGGAGGAGGAGGAGGAGGGAGAGGUGGAGGAGGAGGAGGAGGAGGAGGGAGAGGUGGAGGAGGGAGGGGAAGAGGAGGGAGAGGUGGAGGAGGAGGUGCUUUGAAGAACCAAUGACCUCUAUGAGGAGUUAAUCUGUGUUCUGGACUGCCGUGUUCAGUUCUGGACUGUGAUGUUCUGGACUGGACUGGACUGGACUGUGAUGUUCUGGACUGGACUAUGAUGUUCUGGACUGGACUGGACUGGGAUGUUCUGGACUGGACUGCGUUGUUUAAUUCUGGACUGGACUGGGAUGUUCUGGACUGCGUUGUUCAGUUCUGGACUGGACUUUUAUGCUCUGGACUGGACUGUGAUGUUCUGGACUGUACUGGGUUGUUGGUUCUGGACUGGACUGUGGGAAUAAAAAUAAACAUUGGAAAAUCAGAAAUGGAUUUCUGAGAUUUUAUGAAUAGCACAAGAACUUAUUAAUAAAUCAUCAACGAGUAAUCUUCCAGCCCUACAGUAGCCCUGGUUAAGGAUGUGAUUCUACGCAAAUUGGAGUUAAUGGAAUUGUAUUCAGAGAAAACAUGAAUCAUCUGAAAUAAUACAUGAAAAUAACAUAAUAAAGAUGAAAAAAAUGCCUUCAUUUAUUUUACACAAAAU